UGUUAAAUUCCCCAACCACCCCCCCUUUCUCCAGCUACUCACACAAGAGGAACCAGCCACUGAGAAGUUGAGGAUCUUCAGAUUUCAGGGAGGGCUUAGGAUGGGGGGAAAUGAAACUGGGGAGAGCACAACAACAUCAACAGCAACAGCAACAACAACAACAAGAGAGGUGAAGUAUCAGAAGAGCUACUUUGAUGUUUUGGGGAUCUGUUGCCCUUCAGAAGUGCCCCUAGUAGAGAAAAUAUUGAGGCCAUUAGAAGGGGUUCAGAAGGUCUCAGUGAUAGUUCCUUCAAAGACUGUUAUAGUUGUGCAUGAUGGCAGCCUCAUCUCCCCUGUUCAGAUUGUCAAGGCUCUAAACCAAGCCAGGCUCGAAGCCUCGAUUCGAGCUUACGGGGGCGGCAGAAUCAUCAACAAAUGGCCGAGCCCGUAUAUAAUUGCGAGCGGUCUGCUGCUUCUCGUCUCGCUGUUCAAGCGAUUCUUCCGUCCCCUGCAAUGGCUAGCCUUGGCAGCAGUCGUGGUCGGGCUGCCGCCGAUAGUAUUGAGAAGCAUCGCCGCCAUUCGGAGAUUAACUCUGGAUAUCAACAUUCUCUUACUGAUUGCAGUGGGUGGAGCAAUUGCUCUCAGGGACUACUCAGAAGCAGGGUUUAUUGUGUUUCUCUUUGCCACAGCUGAAUGGUUGGAAACAGUGGCAAGUCACAAGGCAACUGCGGGGAUGUCGUCGCUGAUGAGCAUGGCUCCACAGAAGGCCGUGCUGGCCGAGACAGGCCAAGUGGUCGAUGCUCGAGAUGUUAAGAUCGACACGGUCCUGGCAGUCAAAGCUGGGGAAGUGAUCCCAAUCGACGGCGUGGUCGUCGACGGGAGGAGUGAAGUCGACGAGAGAAGCCUAACGGGAGAGUCAUUUCCUGUUGCCAAGCAGCCAAAUUCCCAGGUGUGGGCUGGGACACUCAACAUAAAUGGAUACAUUAGUGUGAGGACAACAGCAAUGGCUGAGAACUCUGCAGUGGCUAAAAUGGCAAGGCUAGUUGAAGAAGCGCAAAACAGCAGAUCCAAGACGCAGCGAUUGAUCGAUUCCUGCACCAAAUACUACACACCAGCUGUCGUGUGCCUAGCAGUAGCGGUCGCAUUGGUUCCCUUAAUAACGAGAAUCUGGAGUCACAAAAUAGUCCGGAACCCCAAAGGCUGGUACCAAUUGGCACUGGUCCUCCUAGUGAGCGCGUGCCCCUGUGCUCUGGUGCUCUCAACACCCGUUGCGACCUUUUGUGCACUCCUCAAAGCUGCGAGAACUGGGCUCCUCAUCAAAGGUGGGGAUGUCCUUGAAACUUUGGCGAAGAUCAGCGUAGUAGCCUUUGAUAAAACUGGAACAAUCACAAAAGGAGAGUUUGAUGUUAGAGAGCUCAGAACGGUUCAAAGUGAGGUCUCCCUCCAUACACUUCUUUACUGGGUUUCAAGCAUCGAGAGUAAAUCCAGCCACCCAAUGGCAUCUGCACUAGUUGAUUAUGCUCGAUCAAACUCAGUCGAACCGAAACCAGAGAAUGUCGCAGAGUUUCACAUCUAUCCUGGUGAGGGAAUUUAUGGGAAAAUAGAUGGAAAAGAUAUUUAUGUUGGAAACAAAAGAAUUGCAGCCAGAGCAACAUGUGAGACAGUUACAAACAUGGAUGAUAAGGAGGGAGGAGUUACCAUUGGAUACGUGAUCUCAGAUUCAGUAUUAGUCGGAGUAUUUACGCUGUCUGACACAUGUCGGACAGGGUCGGCAAAAGCAAUCAACGAUUUGAAAUCUUUAGGCAUCAAGUCGGUAAUGCUUACCGGAGACAGCACUGCAGCAGCUACACAUGCCCAAGAUCAGCUAGAGCAAGCUCUUGAAGAACUUCAUGCAGAGCUUCUACCAGAGGACAAGGUUCAAAUAGUGAGCGAGCUCAAGACAAAAGAAGGGCCCACAUUAAUGGUCGGAGAUGGCAUGAAUGAUGCACCAGCAUUAGCCAUGGCAGACGUGGGAAUCUCGAUGGGGAUAUCAGGUUCAGCUGUAGCAAUGGAAACCAGCCACAUAACCCUAAUGUCUAAUGACAUUGGCAAGAUCCCAAAGGUUAUUAGGCUCGCAAAGAGGACCCAUUUUAAAAUAAUAGAGAACAUUAUCUUCUCAAUUAUUACAAAAGUCGCUAUCGUCGCUCUUGCCUUUGCCGGCCAUCCGCUACUUUGGGCAGCCGUCCUUGCCGAUGUUGGGACAUGCUUGCUUGUGAUCUUGAAUAGCAUGACGCUCCUACGAGAAACUACCACAAAGGGUAAGAAAUGUUGUGGUUCUUCGCAUAAAUCGCUCGUCAAAAGGACUGAUCAUGCAGGUCAUUGUGCCAAUGGUGCAUGUACAACAUCUAGCACUCGUGGGCAAAUUAAAACAUCCAGUUGCAGUGAUAAGCAUAUUUGCCAUGAGAAUGAGAAGGAAGAGGUUGGAAAAAGAGUGUCUCAUAUAGAGUCACCAAAUCAUGUCCACUGUUGUCAUGAACAAGUUAAAGACACAAGAAAUGCGAGCCAAGAAAACUUGAUCUCGAUUAGUUCCGAAUUAGGGCAUCAUGGUGAUGACUGCUUGCAUGAAGAGCACUUAGAGAAGCAUCAUGAUACAUGCAACCAUGUAUUAGACGAUGAUGAUCAUGAUGAUGAUUCGUGGAUAUCUUCAAAGGUUUGUAGAGAGAUAAGCAAUGGCUGUUGUGGAAGUGAAAGAAUGCAAUGUGGUCAAGGAAUAGAGGGUUAUUUGUGCUCGCAAGAGAUCAAGGAGAAGAGAGAGAUUGGUGGUUGCUGCAGGAGCUGCAGACAGGAUUGCAGAGAGAGGGAUGGUUGCUGUGGAAGUGCGAUAGUAAAACUGCCAGAAAUAAUUAUAGAAUAGAAGCAUAUAUUUCAAUUAAAGUUCAUCAUUGGCUUCAAUCAGAGGGCCAAGGUGGAUAUAUAUAUAUAUAUAUAUAUAUAAGUUUUAUUUUUCCUUUCACUUUCUGGGUUUUACAGAAAUAGAAGGGAGGAAAAAAAUCCAAUUUUGGUUUCCACUACAUGUUUUUGCAUGAGAUUGAGAAACACUAACAUGUUAAUCUCAUUGAAUGAAGGAAAAAAUUGGCAUCUUUUUGAGUGCUAUGUAGACAAUUUUGGAGAACACAAAAAGUUGACAGAAAUUGCAAGAUUUUAUGAUUGUUAGGGUACCAGACAGAAAACAUCUACAGAGAAGAACCCUUUGACCUGACUGAUUGGAGAGGACAUUCAAGAGAGGGAACAAACAGCUUUAAGGAUUUCUACAUGAUUACAUUACAGCCAAAUAGAAAGAAGGAUACUCAGUCUAUGGCUUAACUUCUGGAACAAAGGUGUUGAAGGAAAGCUUAUAGGCUGUUUAUUUAUUGGGGCUACAUGUUGAUUCACUUUCUCGAGUGAUAAAUCUUUGUAGUUUUGGAAUUUUGCUUGUAUGGAUGAUUGAUGAACUAAAGUAUACAAAUAACAGUUGAUGGAAAACCAAGAGUUAACAAAUUUCAGGAUGAAAUAAAUGUAAUCGUCGAUGAGGAAAAUGCUAUUCUUGAAACACAUUGAUGCUCUUCCAUUGCUGUUAUGCAAGAGGAAAGGCUAAGUGAAGAUGUCAGCUAACAUCCCAAUCCUGUGUUCUCUAUCCCCAUGCUUUCCUAAGAAACUCAUCACUUGUUUCAAUUUUAUGCUCUGAAGCCUGAUCUGGGGCAUGUACUAUCUUAGCAUAAUUAUGCACCAAGAUGGAAAUUGUAACUUAAAAAUCUCAAGUGAAAAUCUUGUGACGCCAGAAAUAACAUCCCUCUUCCACCUUAGCUAAUGCCUCAUAAGGGAUGAACUUCUGUUUAAUAACCAAGUGGACCAUUUAUUCCUCCUCUUCUAAAA